GAGAGAGGAGAGAGGAGAGAGGAGGAGAGGGAGAGGGAGAGGGAGAGGGAGACGAGGUCGACAAUGGAGGAUGAGGCGACGACGCAUCGGGAUUCGCGCAAGGAGAGGGUGGUGAGGCUCUUCGGGGUGAGCAUCGUCGAUGGGGGGAGGCGCGAUGCGGCGGCGGCGGAGGAGGCGGAGGAGGAGGAGGACGAGGAGGAGGAGGAGGUGAUGAGGAAGAUCAAGAGCAUGGGCAACCUCGUCGCCGCCGACGCCGGAGGCGGCGGAGGAAGCGGCGCGGCCGCCGCUGGGGCGGCGGAGGAGGACGGGUACCUCUCCGACGGAGGGCUAGUGAGGUCCGCGAAGAGGAGGAGGGCGCAGGGGAGGAAGAGAGCGGUUCCUUGGACCGAAGAAGAGCAUAGGACAUUUCUUGCGGGACUGGAAAAGCUCGGGAAGGGAGACUGGAGAGGAAUCUCGAAGAAUUUCGUGCGUACUAGGACUCCAACUCAAGUGGCCAGCCACGCGCAGAAGUACUUUCUCAGGCAGAGUAACCCCAACAAAAAGAAGCGCCGAUCCAGCCUCUUUGAUGUGGGGAUCAAUGAUCAAACUCCGACAUCUGGAAAUUCGGUCUCGCCAUUAUCAAUGGUGAAAGCCCAGGAAGUUGCGGAGAAGAAUAAUCAACCCGUCCAUUCGGCGGCAGCUUCAUCUUGUAACACGAUGCAAUUCGCACCUCAAGUCCCAGAAUCUUUCCCGGCCUUUCCGUUAAUCGGAGGGCUCACAAGAGCACAAUACAUGGACGGUAACAAUUACAUGCAGGUGAGCAUCUUCAGAACAUCCUUGGACCAGGCCAUCUUGCAGUCAUCCUUCAUGUCAAAACUAAAGAUCCCUCAUGAGUCCCCUCCGAUUUUCCAAGCCAAUUCAACUGCAUUCACCCCCGAUUUUCCGAAACUGCGCUACACUUCAUCACCGGAACUCCAUCAGCCGCGCCCGGCUCUUCCUACCGCAUCGCCUUCUUUGGUAGAGAGCGGUGAGUUGGAGCUGACGAUCGCGCCGCCUCAGCCCCGUAGCCUGAGCAAGGUUCCCUCUCGCAGUUCGUCGGGAGCAAUCAGAGUCAUUUAAAUUUCUGUCUUUCUUUUUUUUUCUUUUACUAUUACUUAUUACUUGAAUGAUCUUUUGGUUCUUAAUUGGUUUUGAUUAAUUUGUUUGAUUCAUCAAUUUAUUAGCUUACAAACUUUAGAUGUAUAUUAUCUGAAAUAAUCAUGGAAAAAUUGUAUAGUUAGAGAGAAAGAAAGCGUCUUCUACGUCA